GGCGCGGGGGGCACGGGGGGCAGCACGGCCAGCAGCGGCUACUGCAGCCAGGAGGACUCCGACUCCGAGCCCGAGCUCUUCUACACCGCCCGCACCUCCCUCGGCCGCCGUCCACGCCGCCGCCAGGAUGAGCCCAGCGAGUGGGAGAAGACAGAGCUGGACCAGACGCAGGUGGAGCAGCGGAUCAAGGAGUACAACAGCCAGAUCAACAGCAACCUCUUCAUGAGCCUGAACAAGGACGGCUCCUACACUGGCUUCAUCAAGGUGCAGCUGAAGCUGGUGCGCCCAGUCUCGGUGCCGGCCACCAAGAGGGGCCCCGCCCUGCAGGCGGGGCGGCCGCACAGCCAGGGCGUGAAGCGCCGGACCUCCUUCUACCUGCCCAAGGGCACCGUGAAGCACCUGCACAUCCUGUCGCACACCCGUGCCAGCGAGGUCAUCGACGCCCUCCUCCGCAAGUUCACCGUUGUUGACAACCCCCGCAAAUUUGCCCUCUUCGAGAGGUCUGAGAAGGAUGAGCAAGUGUACCUGCGGAAGCUGGGUGACGAGGAGCAGCCCCUGCGGCUGCGGCUGCUGGCCGGCCCCAGCGAGAAGGUGCUGAGCUUCGUCCUGAAGGAGAACGAGACCGGGGAGGUGAACUGGGACGCCUUCACGCUGCCGGAGCUGCAGAACUUCCUGCGCAUCCUGCAGCGGGAGGAGGAGGAGCACGUGCGGCGGCUGCGGCACCGCUACGCCCGCUGCCGCCAGAAGAUGCAGGAGGCGCUGGCCACACGCACCCCGGGGUGACCACGACGGCCGCGCCCGAGGCCAGCCAGUGCACCGGGACUCUCGUCCGCCGGCGGGUGGGGGCACCGGGGAGGGGGGUGGAACGGGGCACCACGGACCCACCGGGCUGUCACAGCCCCCGUGGGGCCGGCCCAGAGAGUGGGAGUGCCUGGGGGGAGCGAGUGUCACCCGGGAGUGGGUGAACCCAGGGGAGCGAGUGUCACCUGGGGGAUUGGAUGUCCCCAGGGGAGUGGGUGUCCAGAGGGGAGCGAGUGUCACCUGGGAGUGUGUGUCCCCAGAGGAGUGGGUGUCCUGAGGGGAGCGAGUGUCCCCUGGGGGAUUGGAUGUCCCCAGGGGAGUGGUGUCACCCGGGAGUGUGUGUCCCCAGAGGAGUGGGUGUCCUGAGGGGAGCGUGUCCCCUGGGGAUUUGAGUGUCCCCUGGGGAUUUGAGUGUCCUGAAGGGAGUGAGUGUCACCUGGGAGUGUGUGUCCCCAAAAGAGUGGAUGUUCUGGAGGGAGCAAAUGUCCCUCUGGGAGUGGGUAUCCCCAGGGGAGUGGGUGUCCAGGGGGAGUGAGUAUCACCUAAGAGUGUGUGUCUCCAGGGGAGUGGGUGUCCUGGGGGAAGAGUGUCCCUGGAUGAGUGAUUGUCCCUGUGGGGGAAGCAGGGCAUCGAGCACCAAUAAAGACAUCUUGGUGA